CUACAAACUGUGCUGGAAAACUCUGAAGUCCGGCGUUAGUUGACACAUUAUUUUAGUCUGUGUUUUCAUUGUCUCCAUAGUUGGUUACAGUAAAUUUCUAAGGGUGCCAGUAGUUACUGCACGACUUGGCAACAAAGAGGGGCCAGUAAGUUGAAGACAGUUUGACCGGCGUUUCUGGAGUCUUUUCUUCCUUCUCGGACCUUGUAACUCAAAUGUCUUCUACCGAAGUCAAGCUGUCGCGGUUACUAAUCCUAGCACAGAAGUUUAACAACUUCUAUUUGACAGGUAUCCAAAAGAGCGACAUACGUCCAUUUGUGGUUGAGGGUCAACAAGUAGGGCUGGUGAAAUCAGAUGUAUUUAAGCAGCUUUUGAAGUAUCCAGAAGUGUUUUGCUUUCGGGACUGUGAACAAACCAAACAGGGUGUAGUUGAACUAAAUCCUGCCUUUCGUGACUACAAUGAGCGCACAGAGCAAUUGGAAAAAGUACUUCGUACCCUGCGCUCAGAGGGAUUGUUCCCAGCCCUUCAAGGAUGGCGGGAUGAGUACUUUGAGGUAAAAUCCGAGCACCGGGCUUUGCUGAAAAUGGAACGAGCAGCUACACCGCUCUUUGGUGUCCGCAAGUACGGCGUCGACAUCAAUGGUUAUGUGCGUCAUCCAACCCAAGGGCUAUGCAUCUGGCUGCAACAGCGUUCAAACACCAAAGAGACAUGGCCUGGCAAGUGGGACAAUAUGGUUGGCGGUGGGCUAUCUGUUGGUUUCGGUAUAAAGGAGACAGCUAUUAAGGAAGCUGCCGAGGAGGCAUCUAUUCCAAGUGAUCUUGUCAAGAAUUUGGUGUCGGCGGGAUGUGUCUCAUUUUAUUUUGAAAGCCGACAAGGACUUUUUCCCAACACCGAAUACGUAUUUGACUUGGAACUCCCAGUCGACUUUGUUCCCCAUAACGCUGACGGCGAGGUACAAGCUUUUGAGUUACUUCCGGCUAAGGAGUGUGUGGAGCGGGUUUUUACGCCAGAUUUUAAGACAACAUCAGCUCCAGUAGUUAUUGACUUCCUUAUUCGCCAUGGUCACAUCACUGCUGAUGACGUAUUAGACUUUACGCAAAUCGUUGAGCUCUUACACGUACCCUUGCAGUCGCUAUAUACAUACAAGACGCGUUUAGAGAUGGUCCAAAAGCAAAAGCAGCAGCAAAAAAAGUUAACCGGUGGUGAAGAUAAAAAUUGCAAUUGUGAUUGUUUGCAGCCAACUAAACCCAUAGAGAACGGAUACAAAAAUAGUCCAUAGUAUUAUUCCUGGCUUAGAGAUAAAGACGAAUAAAAUAAGGACUAGGGAGUGUCAGACUAAAUAACAUAUAUAUACAUAGCAUUUUUGGAAGUUAAGCAAAUACCGAAAGUGAGUGUGUAUUAAUUUACCCAAAUCAAAGCAAACGAUCGACCUAGAUAAUAUAUUGAUUAACUUCUGUAAUGACAACCAAAAAAACCUAGUACUCGAUAAAUUGCUUACAAAUAUUUGGUAUGUAGCAACUAAAUAUUGCCGUGCGAGCUAUUUACAAAUUUUAAUUUGUACGUCAAACGUUAUUUUUAUAAAAGGUUGAUUUUAAUUUAUAAAAUAUUUAUUGUAAAUUGAUAUAAUAAUAAUCUCUUAAAGAUAUGACAAACUUAGAGAUAAAUAGUUUUUCUGUGUUAGAUUUUCCAUUUACGCC